UUACGAUAACAUUAGGCAUAAAUUACUUUCAUAUAAACAUAAAUCGCUUUACCAAAUUCAAUGAGGUUCGGUAUAUACAUAAAAAUAAAUAUCAAAUUAAAUAUAAAUACUUUUUUAUGAAAAAUAUCACAUUAUAUGUAAAUAUACUCGUAACUGGCGUAGGUUAUCACAUGUUCGACCAUUCUUUCUUAAAUGUUUCACACUAACUUUGACAGACAAAAUGCAUUAAACAAACAAAAUAUUUUUUGUUUAACUGUAGGCAUUCAUUUCAUCUCAAGCUAUUCCUGCUAUAGAUUGUGUUCGCCUAAUGGUGGUUGUUUUUGAAUAUAAAUCCUGUAUAUGAUUCUCAGCGCGCCAGCGUAAUAAAAAUAGAGCAUAUCUACAAAUGUUCACCCUUGUCCUCAACGAAGCACUUACUAUAUGUAUACUUUUAGAUGUUUUACCAAGACACAUAAUUUUCACUGCAAAAAAAAAAAAUAAUAAUAAAGUGUCAAACAAAAUAUUAGCUGCAAAAAAUUAUAUAGCUAGUGUUUAUUGUAAAAUUAAUAUAAAAAUAAUAAAAGAAAAUAGUUGCACAUAUUGUUUAAAACAGUUAGUUAAGAAUUGUUAAAUUUUAAUAAGAAAGUCGAAACAGAAAAACAGAUUAUGGAAUAAUUUACAUAUAAUAGAGAAAUGUUUUAAACUCAAACAUUAAAAGUGAUAAAUCGAUAAAAAAAUGUUCUGAAUACUUUAAAAACUAUGGAUUACAAAGAACUCUUCACAAGUAGUAAAUUUAGAAGUAUUUUUUUUUUGUGAAAUAUUAAAUAUAUUAAUAUUAAUAUUAAAUCAGAAAAAAUAAAAAAUGGAUUUCAAAAACUAAGAAGAUACUGUAAUUUAUAUCUAGGUGAUAAUGCUUUCACCAAAAGCAAAUAUACAUUGUUCCAAUUUGAGCAAUUGUGAAACGGAACUUCCAGAUCUACAACAACAUCUUCAUAGACACCCUGUAGUGAACGGAAAUAGUCACUCCCGUGUGCACAAUGAGCAAAAAUUUCAACAGUCACAAAGUCAACAUUUGUCUUCAAAUAUCAAUAGAAGAGGAAGUUCGAGUAACGCCUUGCCGCCACACAUGACAACUUUGUCGAGCAGUAGCAGUGUAACGAAUUCAACAUUGCGUCGCAAAUCAUCAUCGUGCUAUCAACAACAAUUACUUAGCACCAAUGCUAUAAAUUGCAGUACAAAUACAUUGAAUGACUGCAACAACGAUAUUUCUUUGGCACGAUAUAGCCCACACCCAAAUGAUUUGUUUUUGCAACAUCAGCUUUAUCAUCAGCAUAGGAAGCCCAGUUUACAGCCUAUUGAACGAUUUGAUGAUUCAUUGGCAUGUUGUUUACCACCACCUUCACCAGCGCCGAACAGUGACCGUUUUAUUGAAGGCACAUGUGUAAUAUCACCACCAAGUGGGGGUGGUCCUGGUCAAACCGAAGGACAGCAUCCAUCACAAACACAACAUCAGCAACAGACACUUUCUUCUUCUACGUCAAACUCUUCGAUAUCUACUGGCGUUGGUAGUUCGUCGUCUUCGUCAACAUGCGCAUUUCAACCAGCACCCAGUCAUCAUAGUCUUAAAUACAGUGCAAAUCAAUCAAUAAAUGCUAUGCAACGUUCAAUUUCGCCAAGUACUACUCGUUUUCGAAUAAAUAAUGAUCGUUAUCGUGACAUAAGCUCAGCAAAUUCCUCGCCAUCUGUUAACACUGCCCCGGGGUCUAGUUCGGUUGUUAUGCCUUCAUCGACUCGGUUUGUGAAUUUAUCUUCACAUUUUCCCUACCAAAACUGUACUACGCCUUCGUUAGUGUCAACAGACACAUAUUCCUACUUGGCUUCAACUGUUCAUACACCUGUCAAGCGCUAUGUACCAACUCCACCUCCUCCAAAUCAGUUGUAUGUAUCGUCUGAUCAACAUCAUACCCAUCAGCAAAUAAACAUACAAACACCGACACAAAUACCAGCAAAUUCAGCAGCAAUUACAUCAAAAAGUAGUAGUUCAAUAAAUACAAGUACAGGAUCUUCAGUGGGGACUUCAACUACAAUGCCAUAUCGGGUGCAAGCGAUUAAAUGCUGUGGACCAGACCAGGCGAACGAUCCGCAAGCUGCAUUAAAUUUAAAUCAGUCAAACGACUAUUACAGCUCAUCGCCCCGAUUGCGCAAUUCAUAUAAUUGCAAUAAAACUGCUGGUAAAGAUUCCUCGAUGAUGGUGAACUUUAAUGAAUCACAAACAGCUCAGCAAGCAAUUAGUUCGAAAAGUUCAAAUAUGAUGGCUUCUCAGAACAGUAGCUCUACUACACAAACACAUAUGGUAGCAACUAUAAUGGGAUGCGGUAAUGGUGGGAUAAGUUCACCCCCAUCAAAUCUAAACUCAAGGCCACAAACAUAUACAUCUCGAAAUGGACUUUGCUCCGCUUUAAAUGACCUGCAAGAGCCAAUGUCCUUGAAUUCAACUAUUACCAGUAUGAAUGAUGUAAGUCAGUCUACAACCUGUCCAAAUGUAUUAAGAAGUGAAGAAAAUUCCACAUCUGCCGGUAUUUCAAUUGGAUCUGGAACAUCAUCGACGUGUUUGCAUUGCAAAACGGUACGACGAACUACCGGCGUUCAUCAGACAACGCAAACAACAGGGCCUAUUAGUCCGGUGCCACAAAUGGCUCCUCUGAUUACUACAAACAAUAAUAGUAGCAACAACGCCAAUCAAGGAUUAAGCAAUGAACAAAUGACCAACAUAACAAUGACAUUAACACCCACCCCAACGGAGUCCUCUAACCAUAUAACUCCAAUAACUCCUCCAACAAAUUCUAUGACUCCCUCAAACCGUUUACUUUACAAAAAGCUGGAUAUUUCGCCGGACCAAAUGUUCCCAACUCAACUGAAGGCCAUUAGUAACAACAAUCAAAUAGUACAGCCUCAUAUAAAUGAACCAAAUCUGUCACAAUCUUCAAAUUUGGAACAUUUUUUACCAACUUCGCGCACCUUAAACCAACAACAACUUCCAUCGAAUCAGCCAAUAUCGCAACCAGCAAACAGUACUUUGCAACAACAGCAACGCUACUCCUGUAAAAAACGUUUCACUCAGUACAUGCGGAGGGAAGUGUUGCGAUUUUUCGGUAUCGAACCAUCUACCGAGGCUGAGGACUAUGGUUUGUGGCAAGGCCGACAAAGGCGACUGGCUUUACGACGUUUUGGCAGCCUUAAAACCGAAAGUGAACUACAGGCUGAAUUCAACGAUGUUUGCUCAAAUGAUAAUGGCAGCGGUUCUAUGCCACGCAGUAAUAUCCUCUGCUCUGCGUUUAACAAUGAGAAUCAACAUCAUCACUAUCACCACCAUCACCAUAAUCACCAACGUCAUACUACUGAGAGACCGGAUAUAUUGCCGUUUCAAGAUACUGAAGACGAUGUUGCAGUGUUAAAUAAUAGUGGAAGUGGAGGUGAUAGUACAGGAAACAAUGGCGUCAACAACGGUGUCAAUAGUCUACAUGGAAGAGGAGGACGGUGUCAACGCGACCGAUAUCAUCAUCCCCAUUAUAAUGUUGACUUUCAAGUGGGGGAUCAUGUGGAACGAAAAGCUUCUGUAGCUAGUAUGUUAGUGCAAAGCUUUAGUUUUAUAAAGCACACUCUUAAUAAGCACCAAACAUCUCGAUACAAACGACGCCAAUGGUCUCGUAGUUUUGCACCCGCUCAUGUUCAGUUCCAUAUGAAUAACGGUGGUCACGUUACGAGUAAUGAGUUCUAUGAGGGCUUGUCCGCAUUACAGGAUGACGAAGUGUUUUUCGAUUCUCCACCCGGCGUGGAAUCGAGCGGAGUAAUGGGAUCGGGGUCAGGUACCGUGAAUGCCAGUAAUAAUACCACAAAUAUUUCGAAUUCGUCAGUUAAUUCAUCGAUGCGAGUAACCAGUGUGGAACGCCAGAUGUUUAUAAGCGGCGAACGUAGUCAGCAAGGUUGGCGCACAAGUAAUAUCAUUGGUCAAAAUGAUGGAUCCCUGACAGUUCAUCAACCAAUAGUGGUUCAUGCCAGUGCCGAACAACAAAUCACCCACCAACAGCAUUCUAUGCAACAGCAUCAACAGCAGUUACAUGGCAUACGAGGUAAUCGCAUAUCGGCUCAACUUUUAGAUGGCGUGUUAGAGAAUUCCCAACGCCCCGUUGCAAGACGAAUAAAACUAUUCUGUACGAACGAUUUAGAUGAUCGUACGGACCAUCGCCCUUUCUUCACUUACUGGAUCAAUACCGUCCAGAUAAUAGUCCUAUUCUUCUCCCUUCUGUGCUACGGCAUUGGGCCGAUAGGUUUUGGAGUUGAACAGAGAACUGGGCAAGUAUUAGUUACAAGCCUAAGUUUACAAACUGUACAACAUUCGGAGCAGCGAAAUGUGUGGAUAGGUCCACGCAAUCAAGAUUUGGUACACAUGGGUGCCAAAUUUGCAACUUGCAUGAGGAGGGAUGUUAAAAUAAUUGACGUGGUCAUGAAAACAAGGCGACAGGAACGAGAAACAGCCUGUUGUAUUCGCAACGAUGACUCCGGUUGCGUACAAAGUUCACAAGCUGAUUGCUCCGUGCGAGGACUAUUUCCAACAAAAUCUAUAUCAACGUGGAAAAAAUGGUCGCCGGGUGAAUCUGGACCAGGGGGACGUAUUUCCGGCUCUGUAUGCGGUUUGGAUCCAAAGUAUUGUGAUGCACCUGCAUCUAUUGCUCCCUACGAAUGGCCAGACGAUAUCACCAAAUGGCCAAUUUGUCGAAAAACGAAUUCAUUUUCACAACGCUUUCGGUUUAAAGAUCACACUGCCGAGCAUAUGGUGUGUGAGGUCAUUGGGCAUCCUUGCUGUACGGGAAUUUACGGUGAAUGUCAAAUUACCACCAGAGAAUACUGCGACUUUGUUAAUGGUUAUUUUCAUGAAGAAGCUUCACUGUGUUCACAG